GCCCCUUCUCCCUCCCGCCCGCGUCUCCCAUUACCAAUAUGGCGGCUCCCUGUGUGUCCUGCGGGAAAGCUGUUUCCUACCGCUUCUUUCUUGGGGCUAGGGUUAGUCUUGCCCGAGAACAAGGCCUCUGGAAAGCCGCGGCUGCUGAGGUGCAGACAGGUACCGCAUCCCAGAUAUUAAGGCUAAGACACACCACGGUUGUAUCAACAAAGAAAAAUAUUGCAGCCUUGAGACGUGAAACUUACACGCUGGAUUUUAUUAAAAAGCAGAUUGAAGAGUUCAACAUAGGAAAGAGACAUUUAGCCAACAUGAUGGGAGAAGAUCCGGAAACCUUUACCCAAGAGGAUAUCGAUAGAGCUAUCGCUUACCUUUUUCCCAGUGGUUUGUUUGAGAAGCGAGCCAGGCCAAUAAUGAAGCAUCCUGAACAGAUUUUUCCAAAACAAAGGGCAAUCCAGUGGGGAGAAGAUGGUCGUCCGUUUCAUUUUCUCUUUUAUACUGGCAAACCAUCAUAUUAUUCAUUAAUGCAUGAAGCAUAUGGAAAGAUACUAGAUGUAGAAAAACAUCAAAAUCAAUUGCGAGCUCAAGGUCUGUUUUCAGAAAAAACUAAAACCAAAGACCUGAUUGGCAGCAGAUGGCUGAUUAAGGAGGAACUAGAAGAAAUAUUAGUGGAGAAACUGUCAGAUCAAGAUUAUGCGCAGUUCAUUCGGCUGCUAGAAAGGUUAUUGACAUUGCAACGUGGUGGUGCUGAAGAAGAAUUUGUGCAGAGGUUUCGUAGGAGUGUAACUAUUCAAUCAAAAAAACAGCUGAUUGAACCUGUGCAGUAUGACGAGCAAGGAAUGGCCUUCAGCAGAAGCGAAGGUAGAAGGAAGAGCGCAGAGGCAGAAGCAGUUGUGUACGCUCACGGCAGCGGGAGGGUCAGCGUGAACGGCACCGACUACCUGCUCUACUUCCCUGUGACCCAGGACAGAGAACAGUUGAUGUUCCCUUUUCACUUCCUUGACCGGCUCGGAAAACACGACGUGGCCUGCACGGUCUCGGGCGGCGGGCGGGCGGCGCAGGCCGGAGCCAUACGCCUGGCCGUGGCGAGAGCCUUGUGCACCUUGGUCACCGAGGAAGAGGUCGAGUGGAUGAGGCAAGCUGGACUACUUACUGCUGAUCUACGUGUCAGAGAACGGAAGAAGCCAGGCCAAGAGGGAGCCCGCAGAAAGUUCACCUGGAAGAAGCGCUAAGUUUUCACAGGGAAGGAAACGCUGCGGGUGUGUGCCUGGCACGUGCAGACGCACGGUAAACAUUUGCAGGCCCAUGUGAGGGCAACACUAUCAGGCAUGUGUGUUGUGAGGUGAUUUAUUUUUAAGUGCUGCUUUGUAAAAGUCACCUUUUAAAAAUAAUUUUUAAAAAUGUUUA